AUGGCGCGGCUCUCCGCCACCACCACCGCCCUCCUCCUAGCCACCGUCGUCUUCUUCAUCGCCGCCGGCGCCGCCGAGGCCGGCCCGACCCACAACGGCGACGCCGUCACCAAGGACUUCAUCCUCGCCCGGGGCAUAAAGCUGCACAUCUCGAAGCAGGGCACGGCGACCGACCACAUCUUCGCCGGGGGCAGCAAGCUCUUCAUCGCGAGGCACGACGCGGCGCCGGCCGACCACGCCUUGGCCGGGGGCAGCAAGCUCUUCGUGACGUUCGACGCGGCCAAGGCGGCGUCCGGGGCCGGGAACCCGAUUGCGUCCAUCCUGGGGUCGUGCGAGCAGAACUACGACGACCUGGUGGACGCGCUGGAGGAGGUGAGCCGGGCGAUGCACAAGCCCGGCACCAGCAGCGAGAGCCUGGUGGAGAAGAUGACGGCGGCCAGCACCUACGCCGGCGACUGCGACAACUGGUACGAGGAGCGCGACGUCAAGUCGCCCUACGAGGUCAUGCAGCGCCACCUCGCCCAGAUGGUCUCCGUCGCCCUCGGCCUCGCCAACAAGAAGCUCUGA